AAAUAAUGAAAUCUUUGGUAAAGCAUAAUUUAGGCCUGAAAUUCUUUGUCUCCCAUCCAAAACCCAAAUGUGACAAUCAUUAUCGAACAUGGGUGCCACUUCAUACUUUGACACUUUACCAAUCCCAAAGUCCAACCACUCUAAAAGUCCAAACUUCCCUUCUCCCUCAAACUUAUAUAAUUACACUGCGACAUUUUCACAAACACAUGAUCAUCUAAUCUCCCCCGGCCCCAAAAAUGGCGAAGCUUCGAAGCUCCAUAGCCAUAACAACCACAGCUCUCCUCCUCUUCAUAGCAAUCUCAAGCUCAAGUGCCACCGUCCACAAUGUGGCCAAGUACGUAAGCCAGACGAGGCAGCAGUUUCUAAAGCCCCAAAACACGGCGAGAGCACUCCUCCGAAUGCAGGCAUUGCAGUGGGACUCGAGGCUGGAGAAGUACGCCCAGUGGUACGCCAACAAGAGGCGUUCCGACUGUGCUUUGGAGCACUCGAACGGACCCUACGGCGAGAACAUAUUCUGGGGCAGCGGACGGGGUUGGAGCCCGGUUCAGGCGGUGUCGGCUUGGAUUGACGAGCGUAAGUGGUACAAGUACGGGUCCAAUUCGUGCGCGCGGGGCCAAAUCUGUGGUCACUAUACUCAAAUUGUGUGGAGACAGACGAAGAGGAUUGGGUGUGCCCGGGUCGACUGCGUUGGUGGUAAGGGAGUUUUCAUGAUUUGCAAUUAUGACCCUCCUGGCAAUUAUUAUGGCGAAAGACCCUAUUAAUUAAAAGAUAAUUGCUAAUGGGCACUACUAGUGUCCAACACCACAAGUAAAGUAAGUGGCGUACUGUUAUUGGUGUAAUCUAAUAUUGAGUCCCACUUAUUUGAAUUUAAUAAGUAUUAUAAGGUAUCACUAAUCAAUUAUGAAAUGUUACUUCAUGUAA